AUGGAAAAUUCAACGAUACAGGACAUUGUGCUAAAUGUAAAAAAACCAGUUGUUUUUCGUAAUCUCGAAAUACCUUGGAAAUGCUUCAACCAAUCGUUCAACGAAUGGUUGGGCCAUUUGCACGAUGCUCAUCCUGUUCUACCGUUCGAAUGUGCUCCGCUGCAGAAUGGUACCCGGCCACAGUGGGAACGAACUCGCACAAAGGUUGAAAUGACAACGAAGGAUUUCUGCCGGAAUGCUACCGCGCAUCAGGGUCAUUUCAAAGACGGCUGGGCCUCCUACAGUUACCGCACCGUUCAAGAACUACCUGAGCAGUGCCGUGAUGGAAUCAAUUUCGGUAUGUUUGGGUUUCCCGAAAUCGGCGAGGAUGUCUCAUUCUGGUUGAGUUCCAGCGGAGCCAACACACCGUGUCAUUACGAUACCUACGGGUGUAACGUGGUGGUUCAGGUAUAUGGUCGUAAAUCGUGGCUGUUGUUUCCGCCGGGAGCAAAGCUGCGCUGCAGCCGGGUACCCUAUGAGGAAUCGAGUGUUUACUGCGAGGAGAAUUUUUACAGUCCUUCCACAUAUUCGUCAGUUAUAGCGGUGGAAAAUGAUGCGUAUCAUGUAAUUCUUGAACCUGGAAUGGUUCUUAUAGUCCCUCCGAAAUGGUGGCAUUACGUUGAGACCUUAGACUGUUCACUGAACUUCAACACAUGGUUGUCACUUGAAACUGAUAUAGAUGAACAUAUUUCCGAAUGUUUAACUCGUCUGAUUGUACAAGACUAUUCGAAGCAUCUACCGUUUAGCAGUCGUCGACAUGUUUUCAAUCCCAAUGAGUUAACGGGUCUGGAAGUACCAUCGUCAUCGGAACUUCAGAGCACUUUACAGUAUUUGCUUAACCACCAGUCAUCCAACAAACGCCAACGUUUAAAGACCGGUGGAUACCCCUCUGAUUAUCUCUGCCAGACCGAACUUGAUCGAUUGCUGGAAAAAUGGAGGGAUUUUGUUGUCCCCGUUGACAAACUUUCAAAUCAUGACUUUUUCCAUAUCAUGAAAACCAAUAGCCGUCGCUUUGUUCCCAGCUGUGACCGGUCAAGCGAUGAGGAUGAGGAAAAUGCAAUAGCUGCGCACGCAAUCAACCUGUCUUGUCAUCCGGGCCUGAUUCAGCUGGCCAAAGUAUCGCUUGUGGAGCAAAAUGUGAGUGAACGAUGACAUCGUUUUCGACUUUUAUUCAAAUGAUUUGUUGUACAAAACUCUUGAUAGUAGACUAAAAGAUGCAAUUAUUAAUGGAAUUUAAUAUUUAGCUAAUCUU